AUGAUAAAAUAUUUGGAUUUUAAAAGAUUAAUGUUUAAUAGAAUUGGUUUUAAUGGCAUUGGAAAAAUAACAUUUGAUCAUUUACCAGAAAUAUUGGAAUCAUUUUCAAACAAGGUGCCUUAUAAUAAUUUUCAUUUUUUCGAAAAUCAUAUAAAAGGUACUGCAAGAAACGAUCUAAUAGACAAGAUACUCAUUCAAGGAACUGGAGGACUUAGCUAUCAACUUAAUGGAUUAAUGUUUUACUUUUUAAAAGAAUCUGGCUUUGAUGUCAAUUUAAUCUCUUGCCGUUUAAAGAUACUAAAACAAUGGACAAAGGAGAGUAUUCAUUUAUCUUUAAUAUUAAAUGAUAGAGGAAAAAGAUAUAUGGUAGAAGUUGGGACUGGAAGUUUAUUGCCCCAAAAACCUGUAUUGUUGGUUGAAAAUCACAAGGAUUGUAAUUCUUCUGUCAUUGAAAACCAAAUUGGUGUCAAAUUUAGGUUCCAUGGCAACAAUAAUCUCUUUGGUCAUCAAUAUUUAUUGGAAUCAAAAAAACCAGAAUCUGAAAAAUGGGAACCUUUAUUGUCCACUGACAUGCUUUAUAGAAAAGAUAUUGCAGGGGCAAUAAGAGAAUCUCAUGAAUAUUCCCUUGAUAUGGAUCUGACCAUCAUUUUUAUUUAA